AGCAGAAGUGUCUUUCUUUUGAUUUUUACUUGGUCCGCACAUUUUGAAUGCGAAGUUCAUGCAGCGCAUUUUAUUACUGUACGAAAAAUAAAGCUCGUGCACUAAUCGAAAGGUGGAAUGCUGAUUUUUUGAAUUUUGCUGGUUUGAGGCGCUGCUCCUAACCCCGGCUCGUGCAAGAUCAACUGACAUGGCUGAAGGUAGCAGUACAGCCCUGCUGAAAAACAUUUCAUCUGGAUAUCAGGACGAGGAUGGACUCCGGAUUCCCUGGGUGGUAACUUUGCUGGCUACGGUUCUUAUCACAACCAUCGUGGUAGACAUAUUAGGCAACCUGUUGGUCAUAGUCUCGGUCUUCAGGAACAAGAAACUCAGGAAAGCAGGACAUGCCUUUGUGGUUAGUCUGGCUGUAGCAGACCUGGUGGUAGCCAUCUAUCCGUACCCUCUGGUUCUCUCUGCCAUUUUCCAUGACGGCUGGAGCCUGGGCUACAUCCACUGUCAGAUCAGUGGUUUCCUGAUGGGGCUGAGCGUUAUCGGCUCCAUCUUCAACAUCACGAGCAUCGCCAUCAACCGCUACUGCUAUAUCUGCCACAGCCUCAAGUACGACAAGCUCUUCUCUAACAAGAACACCGUCUGCUACGUGAUCCUGGUAUGGGUCCUCACCAUCCUGGCCAUCGUGCCGAACUGGUUCGUGGAGUCCCUGCAGUACGACCCCCGCGUCUACUCCUGCACCUUCGCGCAGUCCGUCAGCUCGCUGUACACAAUCACUGUGGUGGUGGUCCACUUCAUCCUGCCCAUUAGCAUCGUGACUUACUGCUACCUGCGGAUCUGGAUCCUGGUCAUCCAGGUGAGGCGACGCGUCAAGCCGGACAACCGCCUCAAAAUCAAGCCCCACGACAUCCGGAACUUCCUGACCAUGUUUGUGGUGUUCGUGCUCUUCGCCGUGUGUUGGGCACCACUCAAUUUCAUCGGGCUGGCGGUGGCCGUGAACCCAGGUCUGGGCCUCGCCAUCCCAGAGUGGCUUUUCACGGCCAGUUACUUCAUGGCUUACUUCAACAGUUGUCUCAACGCUGUCGUGUACGGGGUUCUGAACCACAACUUCCGAAAGGAAUACAAGAGAAUCGUAAUGUCCAUUAUUAAGCUGCCUUGCUAAAAACAAAAGUGGAGAAAAACUAACCUGCAAUUUUGUGGUCAGGAAACAUUGAAGAGUAACAUUGAGUGUAAUUAUGUAAGACGAUCAUAGUUAAGAGCAUGCUGAAACAAAAAAACAAAAUGUAGAUAAGAAAAUGCAGUAUUUAUGUCAUGUUUUAUUGUAUCUUUCACAUGGUGUCAGUGCAUUAUGGGAACUUGAACAUUUAUUCAGUGCAUUAUGGGAACUUCGAACAACUUGUUUAUUAUUCGGUCACUUGGCUGUUUUAUGGUUGAUAUAAAUAAACAGAUAAUCCUAAGUGUAAGGCCUAUCAAGGCUUAAAAUUGCAUUGACGUUUAUAUUCACCAAAAGCAGCCCCGCCCCCCUCCUCCCCCUCCCCUUACAACAUGCUUCUACAGGCAUCAUGGAAGAACGGGUUAGGAAGUAAGAAUGUUGACUACAAACUCCAUUUCAACUCACAAACCACAACAGAAAUUACCUUAUAUAUGUAUUGGUAUAGUGCCAAAAGACAUUCAUUAGUACAACAAUAAAAAAGAAAGAGAAAAACGCUAAAAUUAGAUGUUUAAUCAACCAUCUGAAUUAUUUUAAAACCACACUGAAAUGGCUUAAGUGCUGCCCUUGGUCCAAUCAGCAAAAGGCAACUCCAGGCUCAAUGAAACCAAAGUCUGAUAGGGGAUUCAGAAGUGAUUAACUCUCUUUUGAAAGCUAAAUCCCUCCAGUAUCUUUAUCCCAACACAUGCACUACACACGUUUCUGUGGUCUGCCUUGUUGUUCUACCAAAUGCAGAACUCCAGAUAAUGGGGAUGCAAUUCAUUUCCGAUUCAUGGUUUAGCACCUUGAAUUUGUAAGGAUAAAACCAUUCAUACUCUAAGCUUUUUAUAGCAUUAAAACAUUAGAUUUAACAUACAAUUGUUGUAGACAUCUCCGUACCGGCAAUACAUCUUUUAGUAGUAUUUUUUAACAUGCUUUUCCAGAGGUUAUACUAUGCAUUUACCGUAGUUUACCAUGUUUUUUUUAUAUGCUUUACCAGACCUCUCUGUGCUUUACAAUGCUUCCCUAUGCUUUACCUUUGCUUUCUGACCCUUUGCUAUGAGUAGUACAAUAAAAAAUAAAAUAAAGUCAGCCCAGCCUCCCAAUCAUGCAAAUACAAAAAUCAUUUUUUUUAUUGGCAAAUGACAUAUCUUUAACUGGCAAGCUAAAGCUCUGAGUGUGUGCCCCCACAGCUAUCGGCAUGUUCAGAGGAGGCACUUAAAGCUUGAUGACUAUGGCUUCUAAUAUCCAAGGGAAUAAAAAAAGGCCCUUUGACAGCGGAUGCAGCAAAACAUCCUAACUGAUCCGAAGGAUGCCAUCCAUCUACAAGUGUGAGAAACCGUGCAUACUUAUCUUGUUACCUUGACUUUGAAAAACUUCAUUGAGUCUGCAGGCAUCAGCUGCAAAGCCCUGAAAGAAACCAUAACAAAAUGAACUAGUCUGUGAAUUGCAUUUUAACACAGCAGCAUUGGAAAGUGACUUACAGGGUCGUUUCCCUACCCUACAUUUCAUAGCGUGACAAUCAGUGUUUGAGAAGUGGAUGCCUGUGUCAACCAGCAGACAGCCAUAAAGGUUGGGCCAUUUAAAACAGUAGAGGGUGGAUCUGAGUGCAUGACCCCUGAGUGCUUAGAUUGUAUUUGACAAUUAUUCUGUGCAAAGUUACAAUGCAGAUUGUAUAAAUGACUGAAAGCUGGUUAGAUUAAAAACCUGGACUGCUAAAGGCUCUUGGGCACAAUCCAAUAAUGCAUUUAGAAGUUCCCAUAAUGCACCAUUCUGUAAAUUGGUUCUACAAAGGCCGCCACUUGCCGAGUUUUGAUUAGUUCACCUGUCUACCAUUUCUGCAAAGAUCCUUGAAAUUAUUUUGCUGAAAUAUGUAAUUUAGUUUUUUCAACACUGGGCUUGCCAUCUGUACUAUACUGCGAUAAUCAACUGUAUACAUCAAAGCAGUGUCAUCAUCUACUGCACUUAUAUCCACUUCAAACACUCAAUUCAGAAACUCUUUUGAUCAUCCUGUACCCUAUAGGAAUAACGCAUAGAUGUAUUUGAGCAGCAAUCCCAGGAUGAGCACAGAUAGGGGAUUGAUGCAACCCAUUGCUGUCAGAUGCUCCAAUAAAACAUACAGCUGUGGCUUAUGUCAGCAGGGGAAUAGGCUGAUUAAAUAAACUCUUAAGUCAAGUAGACAAGCCAUUUUGGCUAAUGCUUUGAUAUUGAAAAAUUAAGAUAAGCCAAUAAAAACCCUGAUAUUGCAGGUCGCCCUGGGCGGAGUUUGGAACAUUGUUGGAACCAUUGUAUCAAUGCUAAGAAUGUUCAUAUUUACAAUAUUAAAAAAUAAAAGAGCUAGAAGGUAACCACCAGAUUUAAAUGUUACACAUUUAUGUUAAAUUAGUCAUAUUUUUAACUGCCUGUAUCAGACUAAAAGCUGUGACCCAGGCCUCUUUGUAACAUAACAUUUUAUCACAGCACACACACAGGGACAAGACCUUAAUUACUAAUGUUCACCAUGUUACUGUUUAUCAUUAAACGAAUCAUUAAAAAAAAGUACAUUGAAUGUAAAUAUUCUAGUCACACAAGGGCAUAACUUAGUUCUUUGACUUCCUUCUCAGGAACACUGAAUAGCAAUAUUCUUUAAUGGUACCAUUCCCAACACCACCAUCUGGUCUCAUUGUAUGCUCAUUUUCAGUCAAAAUAGUCUUUGCAAUUCACCCUGAGUAAAAUUAACCAAAUAAGCUAAGGCAAGGAAAGGAAUACAUUUCGAUGUCUUACUGCAGACACACACAGAGUAUAUAAAAAAAACUAAUAACAAGCAGUGAAGUCUUUAAAUUAGCCAUACAAGUUGUUUUACAAAUUGCAUCUUAGUGUAAAAACCUUGAGAAAGAUGACCCAUGAGGGGAUCAAAAUAAUAUCACUCAAGAUAUGUUAAGCACUCUCAUGUUGUUGGUUUCUCAUUUUGUAACAUGGAAUUGUGUCCCUUUCACUUACAGAAUUUUAUUUUACUGCAUAAUGUUCUUCUAUUUCCUGAGGGGGAAAAACACCUGUUAAUAACAACUGAUUCAUUGUUUUGUUUUGGUUUUGUAACUUUAACAUAGUUAUUUUCCCUUUUCAAAAAAAAAAAAUUAAAAACAGAAUAAAUGAUAGACUUGCGUAAACGUAACAGGCCCUGCUAGUGGUACAAAUGUUUACUGUAGAGCCCACAAGCACAAAGACAGGCACACACACACACACUCUCUGCUAGAACUUUUGCAGUGGUGUUUACCUUCCCAGGAGGAUGUGUGUUAUGUUCAAAGUGUGGAAACUACUCUGUGGUUUUACAUCAGUGGGACAGCACGCUGACUAGUUCUGCAGACUGUUCUGAAACAAACGAAAGUUUAAACUGUAAUUCCCUCUGCGCUUGAGCUGUGAAAAAACACUUCUUUAUAAAUAAUCAUCUUACAAAUGAAAGGAAGGAAGAGAAGCAAAAAUCCUGUUUUCUAUUGCCUUUUCAUUUUAAGGUUUUUACAAUGGAAGAUUGUGAUGAACAGUUAUAAAUGAAGACCAGGCUGCAUGUUGUCUGAAGACUUAAACAACAGCUUCAAUAAUCUGAAGAUAUAACAUAAGUAUAUUAGGGGAGCCAUGAAAGUACAAUUGCCUGCUUGUCUUGACCUAAAAUGUUUGGUUUUGAAUGGAGCAUUAUGGGAUUGAAUACUUACAAACUGCUACAAAUAAACCCAUCUUGCACUUGUGUUAAUCAAAACUCAACAGUGACGUCAUUAGAAGAUUCAUUCAGUCAAGGAAGACCACACUGUGACAUUAAAGAUCUGAAGUUGAUGCAGACUUGUAUUUGUAGUCCACUUAGGCCAUGGACAUUACAUUUUAGCAUCAUUACACUCUUCCUUUUUUUCAGGUUAAUAUUUGCAGCAGCGCCCUGUGGUACACUUGCUCAUCCAGAAAAUGUGCUUUAUACUGUACAGGCAAAUCAAGAGGAAAGCAAUGUGUGGUUGUCUUCAUUAAGCCGUAUACCCUUCAGAGACUACCAUCACAGAAACGCUUGCAGUGUCAUGACAACAAGGCGUCUUUGCUCUGUGUUUCUCUUUGGUUUUAUUUCUAAUGAUAC